AUGACUUUGGACGAAAAGCUAGAACCUUUUCGAGGACGAUGCUCCUUUUGGCAGUAUAAGCCUAAGAAACCUGCAAGACAUUUACUGUGGAUAAAGAUAUUUACUGUGGUUGAUUUUAGAACUUUGAACUGUACUUUGAAUAUGGGAAAAAUAUGCAAGAAUAAGAUUAUCCCACCUGAAUUUCUGUCGAAUAAGAAUAGAGAACAGCAUUCAACUCUCUUGGGGUUUCAAAAGGAUAUAAUGCUACUUUCUUAUAUGGCUGAAAGGAACAAAUGUGCUAACCUUUUGUCAACUAUGCACAAUGAUGACCAUAUUGAUGAAAGCAUAAGAGAUUUGAAGAAAUCUGAAGUAAUUACGUUUUAUAACAUGUACGUAUUAUGA